AUGAAUAAACCCAUGGCUAAAGGAGUUACAAUUUCACAUUGUAUUAAAAAUUGGGAGCAAAAAAAUGGAAAAAAAAUAAGUGAAGAAGAAGAAGUUAGUUUUAUUUGUCAUAUUCCUCUAAUAGAAAAAUUAGAUAAUAGUAUAAACUCAUUAGAAAAAUGUAAACGUUUAUCCUUAUCAACUAAUAGAAUUGAAAAAUUAAUACCAAUGUCUGGAUUAAAAAAUAUAGAGAUACUAUCAUUAGGAAGAAAUUGUAUAAAGAAAUUUCAAUUUCUUGAAGAUAUAAGUGGAACAUUAAAACAAUUAUGGAUGUCUUAUAACAGUAUAGAUAAACUUGAUAAUUUGCAAUCAUUGAAAAAAUUACAAGUACUUUACUUAUUUCAUAACAAAAUAAGAAGCAUUGAGGAAAUAGAUAAACUAAAUACUUUACCAGAAUUAGUAGAACUAGGUUUAAAAGGAAAUCCCAUAUAUGAAGGAAAAACUAAUGAAUAUAUGAAGUUAGUUAUUUUAAAAAAGUUACCACAAUUGAAAAUUGUUGAUAAUGAGACAAUUACAGAAAAGCAAAGAAAUGACGCAUUAACAGUUGAAAUAAUAUAA